AUGAAGUUGCGUAGGAGCGCGGAAUUAGAGAACAAUACUACGUGGGACCUCGUCAAAGAUAUUGAGGUCCUUCGGCAGAAACUGGGUGUCAUGAAAUGGCACGUAUUUGGUGGUAGCUGGGGCUCUACGCUCUCCCUUGCAUACGCCCAGACACAUCCAGACAGAGUCAAGUCCCUCGUACUCCGUGGAAUCUUCACGCUAAGACAAAGCGAACUGCGAUUCUUCUAUCAGGAUGUAACGACGGACCUUCGUUGUCGGGUGACCCAGUUGUAUAGGGAAGGAUACAUUGCCCCAAUUCCAGAGUCUGAACGGCACGACAUGAUGAAGGCGUAUCACAGCCGCUUGAACUCUCCAGACGCAAAUACCAGACUGGCCGCUGCAAAGGCGUGGGCGAAGUGGGAGAUGGCUACAUCAAGGUUGAUCGUAAGUGAGGAUACUGUCGCCCAAGCGGAGAAAGAUGACUUCGCAAACGCAUUUGCUCGGAUCGAAAACCAUUAUUUCGUCAAUGAGGGCUUCAUGCGUAAUGGUCAAUUGCUUGAGAAGCAAGAAAUCGAUAAGAUGUACCCGUCACAUCCCAACUAUCGUGGUUCAAGGAAGAUAUGCCCCGCGACUACUGCUUGGGCUCUGAAACGGACCUGGCCAGAAAUUACUCUGCACAUCAUCCUAGAUGCAGGACACUCUUCGCGCGAGCCUGGCAUCGAGAAGAAGCUUGUAGAGGCAGCUGAUAUCAUGGCUUCCAAGGGUUUGUAG